AUUGUAUACGCGCGCGCCGCGGUGCAUUAUGGGAGCCACUGCCCGGCGCAUUUCCGCUCCCAUUGUGCGCGAGACGGUAAAUAACAGCGAAGCAGAAAUUAAAACACUCUUUAAAACAGCAUUUCCGCAAAGGUGAUAGUGUGUCAGUAUGGCCCGUACUAAGCAGACCGCCCGUAAAUCCACUGGAGGAAAAGCCCCUCGUAAGCAGCUAGCGACUAAAGCGGCCCGUAAGAGCGCUCCCUCCACUGGAGGAGUCAAGAAGCCCCAUCGCUACAGGCCCGGUACUGUGGCUCUGCGUGAGAUCCGGCGCUACCAGAAGUCCACUGAGCUGUUGAUUCGCAAGCUUCCGUUCCAGCGUCUGGUCCGUGAAAUCGCCCAGGACUUUAAAACCGAUCUGAGGUUUCAGAGCGCUGCCAUCGGUGCCCUUCAGGAGGCCAGUGAGGCGUACCUGGUGGGUCUGUUUGAGGACACUAACCUGUGCGCUAUCCACGCCAAACGUGUGACCAUCAUGCCCAAAGACAUCCAGCUGGCACGUCGCAUCCGUGGAGAACGCGCUUAGACUUCAGUCUCUUCCUCUUUGACCCGUUCUUCUUGUCUUCGGCCUCCCUCUCUUUGUCUCUCUCUUUUUCUCUCUUACUGUUUGUUGGUAGUUUUAGCGCAUUGGUCAUGAUAGUGGGGUCUGACGUAUGUGGUUGUUUUGUUUUUUGGCAGCAGACUAUUAAGGGUACUUCUUGUUUGCAUGUACCAGCCUGUACCUGAUCAGCCUCAAACACACACACACACACACACACACACACACUUUACCCAUGUGUCACGAGUGAAACAGAUUGCAGACAGGGUCAGAGGUCAGGGCUGAUGUCUGCGUUUAGAGGUUCAAAACCUCUAGUGCAGGGUGCUAGGAGAGCCCUGAUCCAUCCCAGAAUCCCACAGACUGUUGGCACCCUGAUGUGUCUGUGUUUGGGGCUGUCGGUCAGAGUGCGAGCAUCUCUCCAGCAAAUGUGUAUUAUUGCUAUAUUGAGAAUAACUUUAAUUAUCAAUGUCUGUUCCUUUUUUAAAAUGCAUUAAUAAUAGCUUGUUUCAUAGAUCUAGAGCAUAUUUUUGAAGAAAAAAAUUCAAGAGGUGGAUAUUCCUAUAAAUACAUUUUUACAUUUCAAAAUUAUUUUUGUUUUCUAAAGGAUAAAUUUCCGAUUGAUUGUGUGUAAAGGGAUAUUACCCAUGAUUCUGUUCCGCCUCUCUGUGUGUUCUCCAGGGAAUGACGUGAUCCUUUUGAUAGGAAAGUCUUAUGCUUAAAUAAAUCAAUUUGUCCACUUGAAACUGUUCUACAGUUUAUUUUUGUGUACAUGAGUAAAAUAACACAUCUAAACGCUGAUGUGAUUCCUCAGGCAGAUGUGUAAUCCUGCUCGAUAUUUGACUAUUGUUUGAUUUGUUUCUUUAAUAAGAGUUUGACUGCAUAACAUUCAGGUGUUUAAAUAAGAUGAUCUUUGUAAUUUGAAAUUUCUCUUAUUACGUAAUAAAUGGAUGUCACACACUG